GCGGCUAGAGUGGAGGACUUCCGGCGGCGCUCCAUCCUCACUUCCGGUUAACUCACGUUUCAAAAUGGACGCCCCUACCUUUUCUAAAAUGUCGGCGCCCGUAUUGGAGCAGAUCCUGACGGAUCUCCUGGAGCCCGACAGCGCCGGGAUCCGCCAGGCCACGGAGCGGCUGCGUGAGGCGCUGGAGGAGCCGGAGGGGCCCGAAGGCCUCGUGGAGCUGCUCAGGGGGGCGGAGAGGCCGCAGAUCCGACACUUGGCCGCCGUUCUGCUCCGGAGGCGCCUCAGGAAACUGCCCCAGGAAUUGAUUGACAGGCUCCCCCAUGUCCUGGUCGAGGCCUUGGAGCGAGAGACGGAUUCUUGCAGCAGAGGGGCCCUGGGGCAGCUCGGGGCGAGGCUGCUGCUCCUGGGGGGCCUCAAAUUUUGGGAACCGGUGGAGAAAUGGAUCCAGGAGGCGGCGAGGGAACCCCAGAAAAUGGAGAAUUUGCUGCGCUCGGCGCUGCCCGAGGCGCUGCGGGCGCUGCAGGAGCUGCUCAGCCGGGACCCGGAGCUCGGCGCCGACGCUCUGGAGGUGCUGGAUGAAUUCCUGGAAGCCAAUCCUGAAUCCGUGAUCCCACACCUGAGGCCCGUGCUGGAGCUCUGCCUCCAGGUGGCCGGGGACGAGUGCAAGGGUGACACGGUGAGGGUUCGGGCUUUGGCCACGCUCACCUUCCUGGCCCAGAAGAUACCCAGGGCCCUGCUCAGGGGGGAUCUCCUGGCCCUGCUGCUCCGGGGGCUCCUGGUUCCCCUCUGUGCCCCCCUGAGGCCGCAGAGCCCCGACCCCGAGGAGAGCUGGGGGGGGGGAGGGGCGGCCCUGCCCCCCGCCACGGCGCCGCCCAGGUUCUGGACGCUCUGGCCCAGGGGCUGCCCCCCGAAAAGCUGCUCAAGGAAUUGUUGCCGCUCCUGGAGGGGCCGGGCCGAGGCGGCUGCGCCGGCGGCCGCAAGGGGGCGCUGCUGGCACUGGCGGCGCUCGCGCGCGGCUGCGGCUCCGCCCUGCGGCAGCGGUACCUGGGCGUGGUCCUGGGGGCCCUGCGGGCCGGCCUGGGAGACCCCGAGGGCGCGGUCAGGGGGGCGGCGGCGGCGGCGCUGCGAGAGCUGCGGGAGGAACUGGAG